UUAAAGGAAAUAGACGCGUCACGAGCCCCUGCUACUGGGAAAUUUGGCUCCAGUAUGCUAGUCGCCAAGGGUAUUCAAUACGACGAAUAUGACGUAUCCCAUGAUUCCAACCAAACCUCACAGGGUCGGCUGGCUCCAUCGCGUAUCAAUUAUGCCUCAACACGAAUGAUCCUGUGAGCCGUGUCAUGGUGAUUUGAAUACUAUCGUCCGAGGUUCCCGAAGGAAAGCUGUCAGUGGCGGCGAUAGAUAAAUUGGGAACGUAUAGACCUGAGUAAAAAGCGAUCCCCAAUUCUCAUUUCCUCUCCCAUGUCCUCCUUGCUGCUAUCCCUCCCUGCUGAGCUGCUUGAGCUUGUCGUAUUCGAGUCCAGCACUCCCACGCGAAAAGCACUCCGAUCAACGUGCCUGCGCCUGGAAUCGAUCGCCACCCCACUAGUCUUCGAGAGCCUGCUCAUUGAUACUCGCAACAGACGCCAUGUUUCAAAGUUUCUUCGAAACCUUUGCUCAGGGAAGGGAUUGGCGAAAUAUGUUCAGCAUAUCCAUCUCGUCUCGCUCAAACUCCCGAGAAAGCUACUUGGCCUGCGUAAGGAGAGGGAGUGGGGGAAACCUUCUCGUCGCUGCUAUACCGUAUAUGAUAUCAUUGAGGGGCAUUUCGUGAGUCAGUCCACCGCGUUUCUCGACCUAGCUAAUAGUGCUUCAAGUUGCUCAGCCUCUGACAAGAGAAUAUUUACUAAUACGGCUCUCUGGCGCAGUCUCAGUCAUAUCACCUCGUUGUCCAUCUCCAGCCUCGGAUGGCAAACAGAGAAAGUCCGCCCCCAAUCUUCAUCUUACUGGUCUCACCGAUCUCAGUUUCCUCCGGUUAUGGAUGUCUCGAAUACGCGAGCACCCUCAUCAGCACGAGCACCGGCCUCACUACACUCUCCGUACAUCACUCACUCCAUCCCGAUGACCGAUUCGAUCCAUUCUCCCCUUCCGUCCUCAUUCUGUUCCGCGGUUCCCAAUCGAUGUGCCUCACCGCUCUAUCUCUCUCCGGCAAUCUCUCCCUCAGUGCUGCGGAAGUGUCCUCGCUCGUUCCGCACCUCCGUCACCUUCAGUCACUCUCCCUCAACAUGGACUUUGUCCCGGGUGAAUUCUGGCAGUCGUUGAGGCGGGAGGAGAUUUUCGUAAAGGAGAAAUUUGCGCUUACGACAUGGGAUGCUGAGUCCGCGGUGUUUGAUUAUCUAUGCUCGUAUACCGGACUGCGGCAUUUGUUUUUGCACAUCAAGGAGGGGAAUGGUGACUACGAUGCGAAGAAGGUUGUGCGAAGGCAUCGGAGGACGUUG